AUGCCCAAUUCCGGCUACUGCUCCCCUCCGCCCCGUUCUCUCCCGGCUGCCUACAACACACACGCACACACACAUACGCAUAUACCUGCACAUGCUAGUCCGCCCAGGGUGUACCCACCCCCCUACGCCCUGCGACGCCAGAAGAAAAAAAAUUCAAGAAGAAAAAAUCGACGAGGAAAAGCGCCCUAUCCACCCACGCCUGUGCGGACACAGGGGCAUGGCCAUGGGCAUGGGGGCGAGCGAGGGGGGUGGCGGUGGGGGGAGGCGCUGCGAGUUGACAGCGGAAACAGCGCCGACGACUCAUAUGCACGCCACGCCCGGCUCCUCGCGAGGGCAUAUGCGGAUAAGAUUGGUGGUUUUGCCGGAUGCAGUAAGGGGUCAGACAGAGGAUCAUCUCGGGGAUCAUGGCAGCACCAGAAGGGAGACCCUUUUUGCCCUACGCCCCCCCCCCGGUAUCCUGACUCCCACGCCCACGCCCACGCCGCUGCUGUCUUCACCCGCCGGCUUCUGGCGUGGGCAAAAAAGGAAGCACAAGCGCACGCCCCCGGCUGUCUGUCCGCCUCUCCGCCCUGCGAGUGCGAGCGCCCUGCUGCUGCUGCUGCUGCCCAAGAGAGCGAGCGCACAGAGGCCAAUGAAUUUAAUCUGUCGAAUGCCACCUCGUCCCGCUCGCCUGGUGACUCAGAUGCGUGGACGGCGCCCUGGCUGCUGGCUGCCAGCUGCUAG